AUGACAUUCCAAGUGCGGCCCCUCAGGUCGCAGAACUCAGACGAGGCGCUGGACGCUGCUGUCCCUAUCCUGUCGACUGCCGCACAGGAGCUUCUCAGCGGCAGCCUGACAGGGCCGGCCCUGCGGCAGAUUGAGAUCGAGUGCGACUUUGACCUCAAGACGGAUGGCACGGCGCCUUUUGAGCAAGAAGUCGAACGGCUGUUCCUGCAGGCCAAGGACGAGGAGGGUCUCCUUCAGCUGGAGGCCGACGAUCCCAGAAGACGACUUCUGGCAGACUCGUGGUCGGCGCUGGCGCUGAACACGGCUGUCAGGGACUUGUCGGUCAACCGAUUUGUGCCUGUGUGGACGUCCGCCUUCCAUUGCACUGCCUUCCGUCAUCUCCUCAGCCGGCUGAACAGCCUGCACAUCAACAUCUUCGGCACAAAGAACGGCAACCGGCGUAUUAACACGGUCUCGACCUACCGCGACUCGCUCCAGUCCAUUCUGAAGGUCCUCUUCCUGCACAGCAGCUCGCUGCGGAGCCUGUCGCUCCAUGCCUCGCAGCAUGCACCCCUCGGCUCCCGCGGCCACUACCACAUCCCCCUCUCCCUGAAAGCCACGCAGCUGCCGCACCUCGAGCACCUCUCCAUUCGGAACUGCUUCAUCGGCUUCGAGCUGGCGCACUUCAUCAACGGCCACGCCAAGACCCUCAAGUCCCUCGAGCUGCGGAACUGCUACAGCUACCGGAACGCUGGCGACGUCGACGGCGAGGGAGGCAUGACCUGGGCGGCCUUCCUCAGCAUGAUCACGCGGCCAGACAUGAAACUGCGGCGCUUUGAGAUCUUUGACGACUACAUCCCCCUGACGAUCGACGACCAGCGUCUCGACAAGUAUGACCCCGAGAACGCAGAUGAGCCCGAGGACGUCAAGAAAGUGCGUCGGGCCCAGAAGGCCAAGCCCAACACGAGACUGUUCCUGUAUGGGUUCCUGCGGGAAUAUUCCGGGGAGCUCUGGAUGAACAAGGAGGCCAUCUUGAGCUCUUUUGAUGGCGAGGAGGACCAGACGGCAUUUGAGGGCCUGAUGAAGGUGAUGGAGAGGCGAGAUGGUGGAGAGCCUGCGGGCGAGGGCGAACACGCUCAAUCCCAGCCAGAGAAGUGUUGUGCCAUUCCAGGCUCUACCGGAGUCAUUGAGCUGCCGGCAUAG